AUGGCGUUUAUUCCACCUACUAUGGUAUCCACCUUCGUGGGUAAACCUGUGGCCCUCCCCGCAAUGCGGCCAAAUAUCUCUCACAGCAGGUGUUCUAGAACGCGCAUCUCUGCGUCCGCGGUCUCCCGCCGAGACUUUGCCAAAGUUUCCCUAGGCAUCAUCGCAGGUGUUCUAGUCCCGCAGCUGCCGCUUCCGGCGCAAGCCACCUCUGGCCUGCGGGUUUUCCCUCUGCAAGAACCGCUGACGAAUACCUACUUUCUAAUGCGCGCCUGCGAGACUGUGUCGGACAAACUGGGAGUCUGCAAUUCCAACCCCGUCAAUAAGCUAUCGAUCAAGAUGCACGGAUUGACGCCCGCGGGUGUCGAACAGGCAAUGCGCGCCUCAGAGGCACUAAUCAAGGAAGGCGUUGGAAGUGAAACUUGGAUAUGGCCGAGCGUCACUACGAGCAGUUUUGAGACAGCGGAGAUUAUGGCCUAUAAUCUCAACGUCCGAAGGGAGCAAAUUGUACCGGAAUUCUCGUUUCUGGAUGCAAGGGGAGUUGGGAAUAUGGAAGGAGGGAAGCUUGCUGAUGUGCGGGGGGUGAUUAUUGAGAACGAUGGCUUGGACUCGAGCUGGAGACCUGUGCCCGGAGAGGACGGCACUCCCAACGAUUCGUCAGAUGACGUUUUUGUCCGGGUGAGGCAGCUGUUGAGUAAGCUAGAGACUCAGUAUUUCGGAGAGAAUAUAGUCAUCUUAUCUCCGGACUCUGAUCCCUUGAGCGUUCUGCAAACAGUGCUCAUGGGGCAGGAGUUGACAGAGCAUCACAAGCAUGAGUAUCAACCAGGGGAAGUUCGAUUCGUCCAGGAGCUGGUCGUCAAUGCCAUGGGCGAGCCGAUUGUUCCGCCGGAGGUGAAGACUAUAUCCAAACCGACUGUCCUACCAGAGAAGAAGUCAAGGUCCAAGCCGAAACAAACCAACAUUUAGGGUUUUCGUAGUGGACGGAACACAAAACAGUCUUUACUUUACUUCACUGAUAUUUCAAGAGGGAAAUUUGAUUCUUCUGAAGCAAGACGUGCUUUGUACUCUGUGUCAGAAAAGGCGGAGCUACUAGCAACCGGGUGGCUACCCUGAGCUGUCAAGAUAUUUUCACGUGCACGUGUAUUGACGAGUAAUUUACGCUGCAAGCAUUUUUAAACUGUACUAUAUUUUGGGGUUUA